AUGCCUGGGGGCUGGUUCAUCGUGGUGGACCACCAGGUCUUGGAGAAGGUGAAGAAGCCCCGGUGGCAGGUCUCCGAGGAGCGGACAGGCCAGCUGCGGAUCUUGGCGAAGGUCGGCAGCGGUGUGGCGCCCAUCUGCACCGUGCUGCUGGUGAUGCAAUAUCGCCUCUGUAUCGCGAACUUCGAGGAGGCGGGGGGCGUGGCCAUGCAGACCUGGCUGCUGGUGCUGCUCAGCAGCCAGUCCAAGGAGGUCCAGAUGCCCUGGGGCACGCUGUGGUUCCUGCUGGCGGGCCUGCUGCAGGCCAUUGUGGCCAUCACCGCGCUGCGAGGUCCUCUGAGGAAGCCAGAGCGGCCUUUGGCGCUGGAUGUGAUCGACAUCCAGAUGGAGCAGCGGCCUCCCCCCGCCCAGCCCUCGAGCCCCCGGCCCCAGCGGCCCACCGCGGGCCAGCCGCCCAGCAGCCCCAGGGGCUGGGCCCGACUGCACCGGUCCGUCCUGAUUCCCGUGGCGCUCAGAGGGCAUCUAAACUGGGAGUACUGCACCAUGGGCGAUGACCCAUUAUUUGGGCUGAUCCAUUCGGUGCUGGACAUUGGCCCCCUGCGGGCUUUCCUCUCCGUCAAGUCACUCUGGCAUGUUAUACCUCGAGGUGUUUGA